AUGACGGGAGCUCCGCCAUUUGUCGGAAUCCCAUCAAUUUCCUUAGCCGUCAUUCGUCCUAGAUUCGUUGGCGCUUGCAUGAACGCCGACAAAGGCGUUUUUCAUUUUUCGUCGGCCGUCAAGUGCGUCGUCAUAAGCGGUAACGGUAGGGUCGUAGGGUUGCACUGCCUCACCCUCUCUCCAACAAUACUUGGGAUGACCACUGAAAUCAGAUACGACAUGUUGUUAGCUUUUCCCAGUGGUCCACUUGAUCGCCCGCCAUACAAAGACGUUAAAAAGACGGACAAUGGGUCAACAGCAGAGUACAGUGCAAAUAGGCGCCUAGAGGUUAAGACAUGGCGGCUUCCGACGCACAUAUUUACCCUAUCGUCUUUCCGUUUCCGAUGUCUGCAGAGACGACAAACAGGAAACGUCUAG